AUGAACGAAUUGUUUGAAGACUUUGCCAAAGCGUGCGCUCUGCGAAAUGGAUACCUGCUAGCACAGACGAUCUCGCCAGUGCCACCUCCCAAUGAACCGCACCGGCUGAAACGCAUAUGGCAGAGCACCAAUUCCCAUAGUGCCAAGGGAGACAUUAAGCAUUUUAUUAAGUCACAGACAUCUUCUCGAAAAACUAUAAGCCAUGACGAGGUCAACGGAUGGGUUGAAGUAUAUGUGGCAUACUGGAACGCAAUAGGUGAGAUUCUUGCUGGGGAGAGCGGCAAGUCCUCUUGGACUAGAGUCUAUGAGGCGUGGAAAGAGCUUACCUCCAUAUUAAUUCGAGGAUACAACAACUCUGGCUUUGAAGCAUGGACAAUUCCCACCCUCUACGUCGUUGGGAAGUAUCUGAGAUUGUUUGCUAUCAAGUCUGAUGACGAGAGAAGCCGGUCUUCCACCGACAACUCCGGGACUGCAUCGCUGAUGCAAGACGACUUUGACCCGGAACUAGAGAAGCAGGGUCAGCUUAGAGACUGCGAGCAGCAUCUGAAACGCAUAUUUACACUGUGCCUCAAUGACAGUGCGUCAUUGUCAAGAACGAUUUUGAAGACGUUGGCCGUCUAUAACGAUAAGGGAGACAUGCCGCCUUUAGAAGCGUUUCCAAGGGCUCAAAGGGUUACUUUUAAGUAUUAUGAGGGUGUUUUGUUCUUUCUCGAAGAGAACUAUGUUCAGGCAGAGAAGCACCUUAUUGAAGCAUGGCAAUUAUGCCACAAGGAUGCUAAGAGCAACGCAGAGGACAGGCGCAUCUUGACAUAUCUCAUCCCCUGCCGGCUGCUGACUAGUCACGUCCUCCCUACCAAGGCGCUCCUUCAACCGUAUCCUCGAUUGCAGGAACUGCUUUUACCACUUGCGGAGUGCAUUAAACGAGGCGAUUUACAUAAUUUCGAUCUAGCCCUACAAAGGGGUGAGGACGAGUUUGUCAAAAAACGCAUCUAUUUAACCCUAGAGCGCGGCCGUGAUAUUGCCCUGCGCAACCUAUUACGCAAGGUCUUCAUCGCCGGUGGAUUUGACGAACCCAAAGAAGGCGAAACGACCCCUGUACGCAGAACUCGAGUACCAGUCUCAGAAUUCCGAGCCGCAAUCUGCAUGGGAAGUGGCGGGGAACUCGUCGAUACAGAUGAAGUCGAGUGCCUGUUGGCCAACAUGAUCUACAAGGAUCUAAUGAAGGGAUACAUUGCUCGAGAAAGAGGAAUUGUGGUCUUAUCGAAGAAGGGCGCCUUCCCCGGAACAGGCCUGUUUGGCGCCCUUGAUGAGGAGAAGCCAAGCCAAGUCUGA